GGACAAUAACAAUUGUGAAAAUGACAACAAAUUAGGAAUGGAAUAUCUAUUUUUAAAAAAAUGUAGAAUAUUUUUUCUAUUUUUAAUUCUCUAAAUUUUUGAUAUAUUAUCAUUACAACGAAAAAUUUGAAAAGUCGAAAUAAAAACAAACAUACUAUUCAGUAAAUGUUGCAUAAUAUUGUUAAAAUAAUAGAAGCAUACCAAUAUGUUUAUCAACGCUUUGUAGAAUAUUUAGUUUAAAAAGCAGUGCCAGUGAAAACAAUUCAAUUUAAUUACCAGUGCCAAUACUGCCUCUUGAUUACACAGUUAAUACUACUAAACAGUCUAAACACCUUAUGCAUCUGAAUUAAAGAAAGCAUGUCUGUCAAAAUUUCAGUACUAUCAUAAAUUUAAACGUUCAUCUCCAAUCUUCAUUUUACAAAAACCCGUGAUUGUUAUUUUUAUCAGCUUCAUCAAAACAUUAAGUAAGUUUAAAAACUAAUGUAUCCGAGAAGAGGAUUUUCACUAUCCAUAUUACCGCUAAAUUCUAACCUAAAAAAUGUAUUCAGAAAUCUGGUGCAGAGACAAUUUUUUACAAAAUAUGGUUUUAACUUUCGUGAAAAAUUAAGUGGCAUUAAGAGUAUUGAAGAUAUAAAUAAUAAAAUCCGUGAAAUUGUAAGAAAGGGUCAGGUUUAUAAGUUAUUUUUAGAAGAAAGUCCAAGUAAUAGAUCAGGUAGAAACAAUGUUAUUAAGGUGUGGCUACAUCAUUGCGAAUGUGUUGCUGCUCAAAGAUUACGAAGAUGCCAGCAGAUGUUUACCUUGUAUUCGAAAUGGUGGGAAGAAAAGGCAUUUAAAGAGUAUAUGAAAAGAAUGAGGCAGAACUUGACAAGAAGAACUAGAGACUUUGCAUUUGGAUCAGUAGGCAUAUCGGCUUAUAAUUGGGAAAAAUAUAGAAUAACAGACGAGGAAAUAAAAAAGAAUGAACAGGAAUUUGAUUAUAUAAAUGUACUAAAGGAAAAUACAAUAUGUUUAGCAUGUGAUCCUUCUCAAAAAGAUGUAGAUGAUAUGAAAGUAUGCGCUUGUGGUACUAUGAAAACACCAAAAACUUAUGAAGAUUGGGCUCUAUUUAUUGUCAAGCCAGAUCUAGUUAUUUGGAGAAGACUUCAUCCAUCAGGAUCUGGGCAAUAUGAGUAUAAAAUGUUCGGAACUUAUAAUGAUGUUUCAGCAGAAGACUUUCUAAAUGUACAGAUUGAUAUUGACUACAGGAGGAGUUGGGAUACUAGUGCUGUUGUUCUUGAACAUGGAGAAACUGAUGAAAGUUCUAAUAGUGACAUUAUAUACUGGGAAUUGUUGUGGCCUAGAUUGUUUGUAAAUAGAGAUUAUGUCUUCAAUAGACGUUAUCUAAUUGAUGAAGAAUCAAAAUACAUAUUCAUCCUCAAUAAAAGUACUGAAUAUCCGAAAUUUCCCAAAUACCCAGAUAAAUAUCGGAUAGAUGAUUAUUGGUCGUGCAUGGUAAUAAGACCUCACGAUGGAGAUAUGAAGAAACCCGGAAUUGAAUUUACCCUUACUUAUUACGACAAUCCUGGUGUUAGUAUACCAUCAUCGGUAACGACAUGGGUUGCCAUGCGUGCCAUGCCAGAUUUUCUCGAUAAAUUAAGGGAAGCCACCAAACAUUACAAAGAGUUUUGUUUGCGUGAAGGUACCAGCAAAGCUUGCAAGGAAAUUAUAGAAGCAGAAAGGGCAGCUGAAGCACAAAGGCAAAAAGAUAAACUUGAUUAUUGCUCAUUAUUAAGGAAUUCCAAUCGCACAUUGACACAGGAUACUGUCAAGGACAAACGCUCAGGUAAUAAUAAAGAUAUUAGUAGUUCUGAUGUUUGUGGAGUCCAUACAAAUAAUCACGGUAACCGUUUUAAAUAUUUACAACCUCUGUAUUAUUUUUUUCAGUAGUUGAAAGCUAAUUUAGUUGAUGUUUAAGACUGUAAAUAAUUGUUUAAUAACAAAAUUUAUACCAGUGUAUGUAUAUAUUUAUGAUUAUUAAAUAAUCAAUUGUU